UAUUUUUUAUUUUUUUUACACAACACCCGCACACCACAACAUGCAGCCGUUCAAAUGCACAUUCCUCGCCAACAUUACCUUGAUAAAUGGCGCCGAGCUGGCUCACACGCACCGCUCCUCCUGGGCUGGAUCUUAAUAUUUGUCCUUUUUUUUUUUUUUUUUUUCCCUGCGUCUCUCUGCAGUUACAGCACAUGGCCACUAGAGUGCGCCUGGCGCCUCCACAGGCACAGAAGAAGCCCCCCCAUAUCACAGCCGAAUGCGUCAAGCGGUCCGUGGGCAGCCAUAGGGGACACCUCGGCAGCGUGUUGACGGGGCCUUAAGCAACGGGAUCCGGUCUAACGAACCCAUCAUAGGCGCCUACAGAAAAAAGGUUUCCAGUCAGAGCCAUGGGGUUCACACACCUUUCUGUGAUACUGUCGGUCACCAUAAUCCACCUAGUUUCAGGCAUGAGCUUUAUGAAUCCUGAGACUGACACAUCACCCACAUCGCCGCCUGACUCAUAUCCUCUAGGUGACUUGAUCCAUGCGGCCCUACAGAGUAAGGAAUACUUGGCUGAGGCUUCUACCACCGCGGCAGGCACUACCACCAAUCCGACACAGGCGGCGCCCGGAGUCAGGCGCAGUGAGUCGACCGCCACGGUCAUUUCGCCAGGACUGCUGACCACGGCGUUGGGAUCGUCCUCUACUGGAGGCCACAUUGGAUCGAGAAACCGCAUGUCCUUCGUGCCCAUAGAAGAGGAGACGACCACUACUCUAAUCACCACCACCACGAUAACCACAAUGCACAUGCCAGUUCAGUGCAAUGCAUCAUUGUCCGCAAUGGAGGAUGUUGUAGAGUCACCAGAUUCUGCAUCGUCAUCAUCUUCCCCCCCCCUUGAAUGCACCUACAGCAUCACAGUGUAUGCAGGCUACGGUGUGGAGAUUCAGGUGAGGAAGGUGAACCUAUCCAAGGAUGAGUCGCUGACCAUCAUGGGGUACGGGGGUCCGGCACCAGAGCUGUUGGCAAACGAGACACUGAUUAGGGAGGGUCAAGUGAUUCGCAGUACGACCAAUCAGGUGCACAUCCAUUAUCGCAGUCGCCAGCAGAGCAACCAUGGAAAGUUUAUCCUCAACUAUCAAGCUUUUAUGCUGUCCUGUCCGUUCCCUCGUUCCCCGGAAAGCGGCGGCGUGACCGUGACCGACAUCCACCCAGGUGGUCAGGCACACUUCCACUGUGAUCCAGGUUUCCAAGUUCGAGGUCACGAGGUGGCGACAUGCGUCAACACCACACAACCACACUGGAGCACGCCCGAACCCCAAUGUGACGCAGUGUCUUGCGGAGGAUGGAUUCGUAAUGCAACAGUGGGCCGAAUACAGUCACCGCCCCCUCCGUCUGUCACCAACCACAGCAACGGCAACAACCUGAGCUGCCACUGGUUGUUGGAGGCCAAAGAAGGCCACAAACUCCAUCUGCACUUUGAGAGGAUCGCGCUGGAUGAAGAUGAUGACAAGUUAAUUGUGCGCAGUGGAAACAGUUCGCUGUCAUCGCCGCUCUUCGACUCAGAUUUGGAUGACGUCCCGGAGCACGGACUCCUGAGCGAGAGCACCUCACUGUACUUAGAGCUCACUGCUGAUUCAUCCUCCAUCCCUCUUCUUCUGGCGCUGCGGUAUGAGGCUUUCGAUGAUGAGCACUGCUGGGAGCCCUACAUGCCUCAUGGCAACUUCAGCAGCAGCGACAUCACCUACCAGCUGGGCACCAUUGUUACCUUCAGCUGCUCUCCAGGCUAUGUCAUGGAACAGGGCUCAGCCACUAUUGAGUGUGUGGACGCCAGCAAUCCCCACUGGAAUGACAGUGAACCUGUGUGCAAAGCUCUGUGUGGAGGGGAGCUGACCGAACACUCUGGCACCAUCCUGUCUCCUGAUUGGCCCCAGAGCUACUCCAAGGGUCUGGAUUGCUUAUGGCAGAUCCAUGGCAACGAGGAGAAGCGCAUUGAACUGGACAUCCAUAUUUUAAAUAUUCGCCCCACUGACGUGCUGACCAUUUUUGACGGCCGCGAUCUCAUGUCCCACGCCAUCGGCCAGUACCUGGGAUCCAAAGAACGAUUCAAAGUCGUGUCAGGGGGGUCAGAGGUCACCAUUCAAUUCCAGAGUGAUCCGGAGGAUUCCAGAUCCAUCCUGAGUCAGGGAUUCCUCAUUCAUUAUCGUGAGGUGGAGCCAAAUGACACCUGCCCCACUCUUCCUCAAAUCGAGUUUGGAUGGAUCAGCUCGUCCCACUCUGCCCCCGUGAGAGGAAGUGUACUGACCUAUCAGUGCCAACCAGGAUAUGACAUCAAUGGUUCGGACAUCAUCACCUGUCAGUGGGACCUCUCCUGGAGUAGCAGCCCACCUACCUGUGUCAAAGUCCAGCAGUGUCCUGACCCGGGCGAGGUUGUCAACGGAGCGCGCUCAGUGCGCCCCGAAGCCGGCUUUGCAGUCGGAACCGUCGUCCGUUUCUCCUGUAACCAAGGUUACCAACUCGAGGGUCCCAGCCAAAUCUCCUGCCACGGACGAGACACCGGUACCCCCAAAUGGAGCGACCACAGCCCUAAGUGUGUCUUAAAAUACGACCCGUGCCCGAACCCUGGCGUCCCGGACAAUGGCUACCAAACGUUGUACAAGCACAGCUACCAGGCAGGAGAAAAUCUGCGCUUCUUCUGUUAUGAAGGCUACGAGCUCAUCGGUGAGGUGAUUAUUUCCUGUGUUCCUGGACAUCCGUCUCAGUGGAACAGCCCACCACCCUUUUGCAAAGUGGCCUAUGAGGAGCUUCUGGAUGAUCACAAAUUAGAAGCGUCCCAAUCGUUUGAGCCCUCCCACCAGAUCCUAAGUGAGAACAUUGCUUUGGCAAUAAUUCUGCCCAUCAUCCUGGUCAUCCUCCUGAUUGGCGGCAUUUACAUGUACUAUACAAACAUCUGCAGACUAGAAUGGAAGCCACUCUUCUGGAAGUCUCUUUCUCACACACACUCCUACAGUCCCAUCACAGUCGAGUCCGAUUUCAACAACCCGCUGUAUGAGGCAGGGGAUACACGGGAGUAUGAAGUGUCCAUUUAAGUUUGGUAAGACUGAACCAUGAUAAUGACGAAUUUAUUUAAUAGGGAAAAAUGUUUUUAUUACUAAAAGACCAUCAAAUCCGCCUUUUACUUUUUUUAAUCAUCUGCUUAGUUGAAUUGUGUGAAUGCUGAAAAGUAUUUCUUCUUUCUGUUCCGCACUUUUUUGUGCACCGUCUUUUCCCACAGUUUCAAGUUCAAGUAUCAAAACAUUCGGCUCAGACAGGACCCGUUAGCUACCUUUAUUUUUUUUUUACUUUCCAAGUUUUCCAGGACAUUUUUCCCAUUGAAAAGAGUCAAACCAACAAUUUUUCCAGUUCCACAAAAUUCCCGGUUUUCCCGGAAUUCCCUUUUUUUAUUUCGACUCCUUCCCCGUAAUUCUUCAACCGAUGUCAGCUGUUCCACCUACAAAACAUUCCUCUAAGUCAGCCAAUUGCGCUAUCUAUUUUUUUUUUUUUAAAGAAAAAUUCCCAGUUUUUCAAUAGGCUAUUCCCGCUUUUCCGUAACUGUUUAAAAUUGUUACCACUUCCACAUUUCUCAACGGAUUUAAACGGUGCCAACACAAACCUAUUCAGCGCCUUCACGGAAAUUGUGCUAUUUUCCACAUUCCCGAAUUUCCUGCUUAUAACACUUAUUCUUUAUUAAAAACUGUUACUACUUUCACAUUUCCCAGGCAAUUUUCCACCAUACAUGCGAACUGUUAGCAUGCUAACAUUAGCUUUUCAAACCAGGUUGUGCAUUUCAGCAUUCGCACGCUUAUUUUUUGUGCACCGUCUUUUCCCACAGUUUCAAGUUCAAGUAUCAAAACGUUCGGCUCAGUCAGGACACGUUAGCGACCUUUUUUUUUUUUUUUUUACUUUCCACGUUUCCCGGGACAUUUUUCCCAUUGAAAACAGUCAAACCAACAACUUUUCCAGUUCCACAAAAUUCCUGGUUUUCCCGGAAUUCCCUUUUUUCAAUUACUGAAUGUCCACCUUUUUUUAUUUCGACUACUUCUCCCAAGUUUUUCAACCGAUGUACAAAUUGUGUUAGAUGUAAAUAUAAACGGAAUACAAUGAUUUGCAAAUCCUUUUCAACCCAUAUUCAAUUGAAUGCACUACAAAGACAAGAUAUUUGAUGUUCAAACUCAUAAACUUUUUUUUUUUUUUUUGUAAAUAAUAAUUAACUUAGAAUUUCAUGGCUGCAACACGUGCCAAAGUAGUUAGGAAAGGGCAUGUUCACCACUGUGUUACAUGGCCUUUCCUUUUAACAACACUCCGUAAACGUUUGGGAACUGAGGAGACACAUUUUUUAAGCUUCUCAGGUGGAAUUCUUUCCCAUUCUUGCUUGAUGUACAGCUUAAGUUGUUCAACAGUCCGGGGGUCUCCGUUGUGGUAUUUUAGGCUUUAUAAUGCGCCACACAUUUUUAAUGGGAGACAGGUCUGGACUACAGGCAGGCCAGUCUAGUACUUGCACUCUUUUACUAUGAAGCCACGUUGAUGUAACACGUGGCUUGGCAUUGUCUUGCUGAAAUAAGCAGGGGCGUCCAUGGUAACGUUGCUUGGAUGGCAACAUAUGUUGCUCCAAAACCUGUAUGUACCUUUCAGCAUUAAUGGGGCCUUCACAGAUGUGUAAGUUACCCAUGUCUUGGGCACUAAUACACCCC